CCGCGGCGGCCUCCUUUUUUGCUUUUAGUUUUGGCUUUUUAUUUCGCCCCCAUUUCCGCCGCCCCCUUUUGCUCCCCCCUCGCCUCGCGACCUCCGCGCUCCGUCCUCGUCCCUCCGCCGCGCCGCGGGCCUGGGGAGUUUUCCGGUGGAAUAUUUCGGGAUUUUUGGAGGAAUAUUUCGGGAUUUUUGGGGGGAUUUUUGGCCGGGGAAAAUUUGUUUUUUUGAGGGGGGUUAAGGGGAGGGAGGGAGGAGAUGGGGCGAGCGUGCGUGAGCUCCAAUGGCGAGUGCUCGUGGCGGGAAGCUUAGGGCUAAGAGGAGGUGGACGCGUGCGGGGUGCGGCGUGCAUGGAGGCCAAGUCGGGGGAGGCGAGUGCCGGGCCUGCGACUGCGCCUGCGCCUAUGGCGGCAGCGGCAGCACCAGUAGUUACGGCGGCACCGGAGGCGACGGUGAGCUUCCAGUCGCCGGCGGUGGAGAAGGGUAGCUCGAGCGGCGUGCUGGUGUCGCCUCCUGCUACGGGGCCACCGCCCGCUGCGGGGCCGCCGCCGCCGGCGGGACCGGGCGGCGCGCUGGCGCUGGGCCCGGUGGCGAUGAAGGUGCCAAAGAAGCGCGGGAGGCCGCGGAAGUACGGGCCGGACGGGAGCCUGAUCCGGCCGCUCAACGCCACGCCGAUCUCGGCGUCGGCGCCCAUGGCGGCGGCCGUGGCGGCGGGGCAGUACACGCCCGCCUCGGCGGUCGGCGCCGCCAUGAAGCGCGGGAGGGGACGGCCCCUCGACUUCGCCGCAGCAGCAGCGGCGGGCAAGCAUCACCAGCAUCACCAGCUCCACCACCACCAGUCGCCGUUCGGCUUCCACUUCGACUCGAUCGGUGACAUGGUGGCUUGUUCUGCUGGUGCAAAUUUCACCCCACAUAUAAUUACUGUCGCACCUGGUGAGGAUGUGACAAUGAAGGUUAUAUCGUUUUCGCAACAAGGACCACGGGCUAUCUGUAUUCUCUCUGCAAACGGCGUGAUAUCAAAUGUUACACUCCGCCAGCCUGAUUCAUCUGGUGGCACAUUGACUUAUGAGGGACGCUUUGAGCUGCUGUCGUUGUCUGGCUCCUUUAUGCCAACUGAAAAUAGCGGAACACGAAGUAGAUCUGGUGGGAUGAGUGUGUCUCUUGCCAGCCCAGACGGUCGUGUCGUCGGCGGUGGAGUUGCCGGCCUCCUGGUGGCAGCAAGUCCUGUUCAGAUUGUCGUGGGGACCUUCCUGCCAAGCUAUCAGAUGGAGCAGAAGAACAAGAAGCCGCGGGUGGACCCGGCACCCACCCUCCCCCAGACACCUCCCGCCAUUCCAAUCUCAAGUGUGGACACCCACAGCGGCGAUCAAGGGCAGCACAGCUCCGCGGUCCACCAGAGAACAGCGAGCGUCUCGUACGGCGCAGACCAGAGCUGGGUGUCCCCUGCCCAGCAGCCAACACCCGAGGCGUCCCGGACGCCGUCGGGCGACCAGAAGACGACUGCCUCUGGAUCCUGAACCUGAAACCCAGCACGGAGCCACACUGACAGGGGGAGCGGAGUACUGAAGCUGCGUCUGCCGCCGCCGAUGCUGCUGCAGAAGAUGGAUGGAUGGAUGGGUUCAUUCGUUCCUGACUUGUAAAAGAUGCGUGUCUGCGGAUCUCGCACUAGGUUUUAAUUGGGCUACAUAUAUCAGGCAGGAGAGUCUAACUGCAUUUGCUGUAGCUGUGCGACUUUAGUUGUUCUACCCUACCUACGGUUUUGUAACCUUUGUCCGAGAGAGAGAGGGAGUGUGUGUGUGUGUGUAGUUACAGUUUGCGUGCUAGCGGCGUCCCUAUUAGUAAUUCUUGUGUUGGAUUAUUACCUGUUGGAUCCCUUAAAUUAGCAUUAGAAAUUCUCUGCCUUGCUGUUGAUCUGUGUUUC